UAAGAGACCGGUGGUAUACGAAUUCCUUGUACCCGGUGGUUCCACUUUCCUUUGUUCCAAACUCAUCCCAAUAUUUCCUUGCUACUGAGACUGAUUUUCCUAAAUCUAAUCCAGUUUCAGGAAAUCUCUCUCUCUCUCUCUCGCUCUCUCUUUCUUCUCUUCUCUCUCUCUCUUAUGUUUCUCUCGCUCUCUACAAUGUUCACAUCAAGAGCCACCUAUCCAACUCCUGGAUUAGAUUGCAGUAGUGACCGGAGGUUGUCACUUCAGCCUUGUAACUUCCCUAAUGCAAGGUUAACUGAUUUAAUUCAAAUGCCAAAAGCAGAAUCCUCAGAUUCAAAAGUAAAAAAAGCAAAUUUGUAUGCAAAAAGGAAGGAAAGAGUCAAGCUCCCAAAUUAUGUUGAUGACUAUGGCAUAAGUUAUCCAUUCAGCAGCUUUCUUGCUCAUCCUUUGGGGAUGGAAUCAAUACUGAACACAAGGGCCUUACAAUGUUUUGAAUUAUUGGAUUCUAACACAUACAGGUGUACUUUGCAGAAAAUCUCAUUAUUAAAAUUUGAAGUAACCCCCAUCUUGGAUCUACGUGUGACCACUACAACUGAUGAUUGUGUUGUUGAAUUGUUGUCAUGCAAGUUUGAGGGAUCAGAGGCUAUAGAACGUCAAAGUCAACGUUUUUCAGCAUUUAUGAGAAAUCAUAUUACAUGGGAUACAAACUGUAUUGAGGCAUUUUUGGACAUGGAUGUGAAGUUGAACAUCACACUUGAGGUGUUCAUGGCACCAUUCACCAGGCUUCCAAUAACAGCAGUUGAAACGCCUGGCAAUUUACUCAUGCAAGCUUUGGUUGAUAAGCUCGUUCCUCUGCUCAUCCAACAGCUUCUACAAGAUUACCAUCAGUGGGUGCUAUCACAAGCACAGGCAGAACUCCUAAACUAUAAGGAUGAGGAAUUGUCUGACGUUUUAGGAUCGGAUGCCACAAAAUGAACUUCAUAAAAUGAACAGUUGGGCCACCUGAGGAAACAGCCAUGCAGAAUUUAGUGGUAAAGAUUACGAGGUAGCAGGCCUAGGUGAUCCAGAAUGCCACCACAAAUACAAAGAAGACAAAUCAAGUUCCCAAUAAUGAUGUGUUUUAUGGUAUUCUGUAUGGCAAAAGUUUAUAAAAGGUUGCAGCAUUAUAUUAUUGAAGGCACUUCAAAACUAGAAUGCUUUAAUGUUGGAAAACUGUCCAAUUGAUCAUCUCGACUUUGAAAUGUAUAAACUACAAAAAAAAA